AUGGACCCCUCUAAAUCCACGCUUGACCCACCCCGGUCCAUUGAUAACAACGCCAAUCACGCCGCGAUGGACGCGCCGCAAUGCGAUAUUUCCGAUUCUUUGAAUCGCCUGUCUCUCGCGAAUGCGACGGCAAUUCCGCUACCGAAAUCUCCCUCCCUUUUAUCUCCUGAUGCCCCAUCGCAUCCUUCCCACUCCAACCAACCUGCGCCGAGACGCUCCCCGAGCUCCAGCUCUUUGCGCAACGAACGUCGUAAAUCGAUUCCCGCGCUCCAAAAGCGCUCGUCAACUGCGUCGCUGAAAUCAGCUUCGGGCAACAACGGGCCCUCCUCCCCGCUCGCAGACGCGUCGCGUCGCUCGUCCACCAAUUUCGCGGGGUCCCCGACCUCGGGGACCUCCAUCGCGUCGCCCACAACUAUGUCGUUGCGGCUCAAGCUGGGACCUCCUCCAGAGGUCCAAGAAUUGACGGCAGCUUCUAUUGCCGCACAUCAUUUCAAGAGAGAGAUCGAUCUGCAUCAAGCAGUCGAUCUCAAGUGCAAAACAGUGGUUGUGCUCCAUGAUGCCUGUUAUGGUCAUCGCUUCUCUCGCCCAGAUACGACGGCGGAGUACUUGAAAGAUAUAGUCGAGCGCCCAGAGCGUAUUCGCGCCUGUCUUAUGGGAGUGGCCACUGCUUAUGUCCGACUUGGUGAGCGAUAUGCAGGCGGACGCUUUGCGCCUCAUCCUAACCUUGAUAUUGACCUCCUACCCCCGCCUUUUCAAAUCUCCAAGUCGUCGCGCUCGUUGCCAUUGCAUCACGAAGCAGUGACUACUGUCCAUGGAACCUCUUGGAUGACAGAACUUCAGAGCAUGUGUGAGCAUGCAGAGUCGCGUCUCAUCUCGAGCGGUCAGGAACUGGUCCGAAAUCGCGUUCGAGCAAAGCUUCCCAUGGGGGACCUUUACCUAUGCGCAGAAUCACAGGAUGCAUUUCAGGGCGCUCUGGGUGCGGUAUGUGAUGCUAUUGAUACUGUGUUCAGACCAGGCCCAACAGACCGCGCCUUUGUUUGCAUUCGCCCGCCUGGUCACCAUUGCUCGGCCAGUGACCCAUCCGGAUUCUGCUGGAUCAACAAUGUCCAUGUCGGCAUAUCAUACGCGGCCUCCCAGCAUGGCUUGACCCAUGCUGCUAUCUUGGACUUUGAUCUACAUCAUGGCGACGGUUCUCAAGAUAUCGCGUGGAAACACAACGAAAAGGUCUUCGAAGGCUCCCGCAGGUCCUCUCCCUAUGAGAAAGCGCCAAUCGGAUAUUACAGCCUCCACGAUAUCAAUUCUUACCCAUGCGAACCAAAAAAUACCACCCCCGAAAACGUCCGCAAUGCAAGUGUCUGUAUCGAUGGUGCACAUGGGCAGUCCAUCUGGAAUGUCCAUCUAGAAACAUGGGAAACCGAGACGGAUUUUUGGAAUUUGUACCGGACCAAAUACAACACACUUAUCAACAAAGCGCGCGAUUUCCUCCGAAAUAACACCGAAAAGCUCGCCAAAUCCUCCAAUGGCCCGCGCCCCAAGGCUGCUAUCUUCAUUUCCGCGGGCUUUGAUGCAAGUCAGUGGGAAAGCAAGGGCAUGCAAAGACACCAGCGCAAUGUGCCAACCGGAUUCUACGCCCAAUUUACGGCCGAUGUUGUGCAAAUGGCUCAGGAGGAAGGCCUCGGGGUGGAUGGACGUGUGAUCAGCGUACUUGAAGGCGGCUACAGUGACCGAGCUUUGACCAGCGGUGUGCUCAGCCAUCUGUGUGGGCUGGCUAGCACCUCUAAAGAAACCCCUUCGCCUGACCAACCUGGUGAUUGGUGGUCUUCUCGUGUUCUUGACGAACUGGAGCCACUUGUCACCCCGUCGACCAAAAGUCGCGAGAAACCGACUUCGACGUUCCUGAGCUCCACUCGCUCAUCCUCAGCCAAGGUGGUUGCCCCGCCACGAGAACGGAAGACCUCAAGCUCCUAUUCAGGUCUCGAUCCUAUCCUUUCCAAUCUGCCAGAGGUUGGUUGGGCCACGGCUUCACAUGAAGCAUUCAAGACUCUUAUUCCUGGAAGUCGGGAAACCACGAGCCAUGCGCCCGAGUAUCUAGGUGUCGCCGCUUCUCGCCAACGACGGCAGGUUGCGCGGGACGGUGUUUCAAUGAACCCUGACACUGUUCGUCGGCCACCACCAACUCCAGCUGAUGGCAAGAGAACGCUUCGUACGAGAAAGGCCAAAUCCCCGACACCUUACUCCCCCCGGCCUGCCACGCCACGCCAGCAGGCGAUGCGCAAGAACCGGAGAAAGACUUUGGAUGGCAAUGAGGUGCCUGAUGAUUCCCGUGAAUCAUCCCCGUCCGUGGAUGCCCGUCGGCGGAAGAGUACAACUGCAGUGGCUCCGGUUGCUACCGAUGACACAGACGCCUCGAAAAAUCCAAAUAUUCUUUCAAUGGAUGGUUCGGGUUCAGUCCAAAGCUCCAGACCUACUUCUACCAACAAUUCACGGAAAACCAGCCCGGAUACUCCGAGAAAAUCGUCUGCUACGAGGAAAGCUCCCCCAGUUCCCAAGGUCCCUAAUACCUUCCUACCCUCAAAGCUUUCUGACCAAGUGGCGCGGCCUGAAGAUGAUGAUCUGGAGAACCUAUCGAAUGGGUUCCAGAAAAUCAAACUGGUUAUGCCAUCUCCCGAGGAACAGGCUGCCCGAGAGAAAAAGGCCAAUGAAGCAAGAAAGCAAACUGCGAAGGGAGCCAAGACUCCCAAAUCUCCCGCCACCAGGAAGACGAAUACUAGUACCAAGACUGCACGGGGCAAGACGGCUCUUCGUCCUGGGAGUCUACCAACUAGCUCUCCCCCAGCUCUGCCAACCCCUCCCAUAGGUGUCUCUGAAAGUGACGCUAUGGUCAAACAGGAGAAUCAACCCUUCGGUUUCGGAUUAUUGUCUGAUACACUUGUUGCCUCUUCGCCGAUGAUGCCGCCUGCCAACCCAGCCGGACCCAGUUCCCAGGAAAUGAUGUUCCCUGUCGCCAACCCUUCUGAAUGGGCGACCCCAAGUGUAUCUCCUGCUGCCAGCCAGCAACCGGCGUCGUUUGCCGACGACUCUCCCCCUCACACUCCCGGCAACGAUCUGGAUAUGGCCAUUUCUACCCCUCAGAGCAACGUUUUCUCACCCCCUACUUCUGAAGGCCACACGAAGACCGGCCUACCUGUCUUUACAUCAAGCAGCGCCAUCCCUUUUGCGGCAUCGGAUACUUCCUCCGAGAGACCCCCGCAGGACCAGUCGCACCCCCAGGGCAAUACUGGAUCCAACUACCCAUCGAUGUAA